GGCAAGGACAGACACUUGCACAGAAAAUAAAAAAAAGGAAAGAGGGAAAAUAGGGAGGGAGGGAGGUAGAGAGAGAGACAGAGGGAGAGAGAAAUCGAAGGUUCACUUAGCUACGUCAAUGGCGGUUCGGGUUUUCUAUUGAUCGCCGAACCUCAAUCUCUUACUGUUCAUUUAUCCUCUCUUUACCUCUCUCUAUUCGUAAAACCCUAAUUUUAACGUCCUUAUAACUAAUUUUACUACAAUUAAAAUCCUCGGGGAUUUUGGAGCUUCCAGUUUGGGUCGUGAAGUGAGGAGCUGACAUGGGCGCGCAAGAGAAAUCGCAAGCAAACUCCAAUUCAUUGCAGAGGGUGAAGGUCUACCGUCUAAAUGAAGAUGGUAAAUGGGAUGACCAAGGGACUGGGCAUGUUACUGUUGACUAUUUGGAGAGAUCAGAAGAGCUGGGCUUGUUUGUUAUCGAUGAAGAAGACAAUGAAACACUGCUUCUGCAUCGUAUCAUACCGGAUGACAUUUACAGAAAACAAGAAGAUACGAUAAUCUCAUGGAGAGAUCCUGAAUAUUCUACAGAAUUAGCACUAAGCUUUCAAGAGACAACAGGGUGUUCUUAUAUAUGGGAUCAUAUCUGUAAUGUGCAAAGAAGUCUGCAGUUUAGUAGUCUUAACAAUGAGACAUUUCACAGCAUGAAUAGUGAGUUAAGGGAGUUACCUGCGGUUGAACUUUCCACACUUCCUUUGAUACUUAAGACUGUGUCCGAGAGUGGAAUUGCUGAUCAGAUGAGGUUGACAGAACUUAUAUUGAAUGAUCAAGAUUUCUUCCGCAAGCUGAUGGAACUUUUUAGAAUCUGUGAGGAUCUGGAAAAUAUUGAUGGUCUGCACAUGAUAUUCAAAAUAGUUCGAGGAAUCAUUUUGCUCAAUAGUCCUCAAAUCUUUGAGAAAAUAUUUGGGGAUGAGUUGAUCAUGGAUAUUAUUGGUUCACUUGAGUGUAAGAGCUCAUCUAAUUAUGACCCCGAGGUUCCUCAUGCCCAACAUCAUCGUAAUUUUCUGAAAGAGCAUGUAGUUUUCAAGGAGGCCAUACCAAUCAAAGAUCCUAUUGUCCUGUCAAAAAUACACCAGACAUAUAGAGUUGGUUAUUUGAAGGAUGUUGUUUUGGCUAGAGCGUUGUACGAGGCUACAGUUGCAAAUCUCAAUUCCAUAAUUCAUGCAAAUAAUGCAGUUGUUGUUUCUUUGUUAAAGGAUGACAGUACUUUUAUUCAGGAAUUAUUUGCAAGGUUGAGGUCCCCAACUACAUCUGGAGAAUCAAAGAAAAAUUUGGUAUAUUUCCUACAUGAGUUUUGUAGUUUAAGCAAGAGCCUGCAGAUGGUCCAGCAACUCCGACUGUUUAGGGAUCUCAUGAAUGAAGGUAUUUUUGACAUCAUGACAGAAACUUUGCAGAAUCAAGACAAGAAACUUGUAUUAACUGGGACAGAUAUCCUUAUUCUUUUCUUGAAUCAGGAUCCAAAUCUUUUGCGCUCUUAUGUUGUUAGGCAGGAAGGAAUUCCACUUCUAGGACUGUUGGUUAAAGGUAUGAUAACGGAUUUUGGAGAGGACAUGCACUGCCAGUUUCUUGAAAUUCUUCGUAUUUUACUGGAUUCCUAUACAUUAUCAGGAGCACAUGCACAGAGAGAUAAUAUUAUUGAGAUCUUCUAUGAGAAUCAUUUGGGCCAAUUAAUUGAUGUUAUAACAGCAUCAUGUCCAGUUGAAGGCAUUUCUCAAUCAAGUGGUAAAUCUUCAGGCUUUGGUGGAAGAGAUGAAAAUCAAAAUAGCGUGAAGCCAGAAAUACUCUCAAACAUUUGUGAAUUGCUAUGCUUCUGUGUUCUGCACCAUCCUUAUAGAAUAAAGUGUAACUUUCUCCUUAAUAAUGUUAUAGAUAAAGUUAUGACUCUAACUCGAAGAAGGGAAAAAUAUCUUGUUGUUGCUGCUGUUCGAUUUGUUCGCAAUAUUCUUUCUCGCCAUGAUGAGCAUCUGAUAAAUCAUUUUGUCAAGCGCAACGUUCUCAAACCGAUUAUAGAUGCCUUUGUUGGCAAUGGCCACCGUUACAAUCUGCUGCACUCUGCUGUUUUAGAGCUUUUUGAGUAUAUCCGCAAGGAAAACCUGAAAUUAUUGAUCAAGUAUAUAGUUGGUUCAUUUUGGAAUGAGUUGGUCAAAUUUGAGCAUUUGGCUUCCAUUCAGUCUUUUAAAGUUAAAUAUGAGCAGUGCCUAGAGAGUUGUGCAAUAAAAAAUACUGGCAGCACACUGGAUCCACGAAAACGAAAUGAUGAGCGUGCUCUAGAAAAAGAGGAGGAGGAAUACUUCAACGAGAACAGUGAUGAAGAAGAUACAGCAUCCGCAUCACACGCCAAAAGAGUUCAGCCUCAGUCUGUGCUAUCCAAUGGAGUAUCAGCAGGCUAUCCAUCACUAAGUUCAAGAUCCGGCGGACUGGUUGAUUAUGAUGAUGACGAGGAUGAUGAAGACUAUAGACUACCACCUAAGAAACAGGUGGAAACCUUAGAAGAUGAAGAAGCUAUGGAGCCCCUUAAGUUGAAGCGCAAAUUGACUUCUAGGGAAAAGGAAGCUGAACCAGCAAAGAAGGAGCGAUUAGAUAAACCCUCAAAAUCAAGGGAGAGUGUAUUUGCAUCUUUGUGUCCUACACUGAGCCAGGCAGUGAUACCCGGUAAGAAAGCUGCAAGCUCGGUGCAUAAAACACCUCGCACAACUGACACAAACAAGGGCUUUGGUGAAGACAAUCAUCAAGAGAAGGAAACUGCUAUUUCUAGAAGCUGUUGUGAUAAUAGCAGCAACCCAGGAGAGGAGAACCAUAAGGAGAAGGGGCCUCCUGCUUCUUCUAGAAACUCUUGUGAUUGCUUGCACAACACAUCAGAAAACAGACAGUUGGGUGGAGAGGAUGGCCUUUUAAUACCACAAACCUCAUCGCCGGAGAUGGCUGUAAAUGGAUCGUGAAUGAUCUUUCAGAAUCAUGUUAAAAUGGUUUGACAAUGUUUGCUUGGCUGUUCUAUUUGACUCAUGGACGUCACAAAUCAGUCCUGGGCAGCUGAAAGAACAGCGGUACUAGAAAGAAAUGAAUCUGGGGAUGGUGGGUGAAUGCGGAUUAUAGCUUUCAGUUGAUGGUAGGAGAGGAUACUGUAUAGUACCGCCAAGGGUAAUGAGGAAAUAGUCAUGAUAUGGGCCAGCGUACCCCUUCACUAGGUUUUCUGAUGUUGAGCCAAGUAAUUGUUGCUUUUGUAAAACAAUCAUCAGCAUUAAUUUUUCUUUUUCAUUUUCUUUUCUUUCAUUUGCUUUUCCCUUUUUUAUUAUUUGUCUUCUUAUAUCACCCUUAAUAUUAGGUUUUUGAUAGCUGUUGAACCGUGAUGAAGGGGCAUCAAUAUGUGCCCUGCAUAGCUCUUUUUGUCGUUCAGUUUUGUGGUGGUGGGUGUGUUUGUGGUAGAGAUUGGUGAGGAAGGUUUUAGUGAGUCGGUUGAGAGGCCAAAAUUUUCCAACUUGUAGUUGAAAUCUCAUUUAUAGACUAAUGUAAAUUAGAAUUCCAACUUGCUCUCGUAUAAUUUGAAUCAAAAAUUGUUUCCA